AUGCCCCCGCGCUCAAAUUUGGCUUCCAAAGGCUCAUUUGGUCCCCCGAAUGAUAGCGCAACAUAUAGGGAUUUACUUCUCUUUGAAGAAAGGCUCAAAACAAAUGCAGCCAAUCUCCAGCGGCGCAAAAAGCGCUACCAGCUGUUUCUGUUUCAACUUCUCACAGUCAUAGCAAUUCUUCUGUGCGAAGUGAUCUUACCACCUCAUAUAUCCAUUCUCGCCAUACCAUUGAAGAUAGUUUUGCAACGCCUUUUGCCAGAAAUAUAUACGCCUGAAACCGACGUCACUGUACAUCCGUACUUUUCAACUGGCCUUCUAUUUGUGAGUGUCACCACUCUUGUGCUGUUCUUCGCCAGCGGCAUGUAUUCAGAGAAGAUUGCAUAUGCAAACAAAUAUGUUCCUCACGCCAAUCGAGCCCUUCGUUCGUUUAACAUGUAUCUGAAUGUCCGCAAACCUCCAUUGGGUUCAAAGUUCUACUGGAACCCUCUUACGUUCUUUUUUCCUCGUCCUGAAGAAAGCACGUCCGUCGUUUCUACCACCACCUCUCGAUCGUCCUCUCCAACCCCUGUCAAUCGACAGAGAUCUCCAUCUACAACAAGACCUUUACACACUAUACCCCCGGCUACAAAUCCUCGUGGAGAGUUGAUAUUUUCUUCUCGAGUCGAUAAAAACUUUCGUGAUUCAUAUGAACGCUACCGAAGCACAUUUGAGAGGCGACGGGAAGAAAAGGCAUACGCCGAGAGACGGAAAACCUGGUACGGGAAGUUGAUGUUUUGGGACCGACCACCAACCCCUACGUCCGCUGGGACAAGCCCGGGGCCUUUGCCACCAUCGCGAACUGCGUCCAAUGCCUCCUCCAGAGGGAGAAUUUCAAGAAGUGGCACCCCUCCAACGACCCCGAGUAAUAUGAGUGGUGGUGGUGGGGGUAGUGGUGGCAUCGUGAUGAAGCAAAGAGAUCGGAGUGGAUCUCCCAUGAGGCGUCUUUCUCCCCCUAGGGAGAGGGGACUGCGGAGAGACCGCGAGUCCAUGGCAGAAGCCGAUAUGAGGACUACGGUCCUCGAGAAGACCGUCGUCAGCCAAACAGGACAUUCACCUUAG